AUGGGGCAGAAGGUCACGGGGGGGAUCAAGACGGUGGAUAUGCGGGACCCCACGUACCGGCCGCUGAAGCACGACCUGCAGGGCCUGGAUUACUGCAAGCCCACCCGGCUGGACCUGCUGCUGGACAUGCCGGCCGUCUCCUACGAGGUGCAGCUGCUGCAUUCGUGGAACAACGACGACCGCUCGCUCAACGUCUUCGUCAAGGAGGACGACAAGCUCAUCUUCCACCGGCACCCGGUGGCGCAGAGCACCGACGCGAUCCGCGGCAAGGUGGGCUACUCCUGCGGGCUGCACGUCUGGCAGAUCACCUGGGCCAUGCGCCAGCGGGGCACCCACGCCGUGGUGGGCGUGGCCACGGCGGAGGCCCCCCUGCACUCGGUGGGCUACACCACCCUCGUGGGGAACAACCACGAGUCGUGGGGCUGGGACCUCGGGCGCAACCGGCUGUACCACGACGGGAAGAACCAGCCCAGCAAAACCUACCCGGCCUUCCUGGAGCCCGACGAGACCUUCAUCGUGCCGGACACGUUUUUGGUGGUUCUGGACAUGGACGACGGGACGCUGAGCUUCAUCGUGGACGGCCAGUACAUGGGCGUCGCGUUCCGGGGACUCAAAGGGAAAAAGCUGUACCCGGUCGUGAGCGCCGUCUGGGGCCACUGCGAGAUCAGGAUGCGCUACUUGAACGGACUGGACCCUGAACCCCUGCCCCUGACGGACCUCUGCCGGCGCUCUGUGCGCCUCUCUCUGGGCAGGGAUCGGUUGAACGAGAUCCACGCGUUGCCGUUGCCGGAAUCCCUCAAGAGAUACCUUCUUUAUCAGUGACCCCCGUCUGGGCCAAGCAGGGGGCUCUCGCAAGGGGGAAGGGAGGCCAGAUUUACUGGCUGUGGCAUCUCCGGGGACGUUGGUCCUGUGGACACACACCACCACCACACACACAAUGCUUCCCGUGCACCCGUUCCGUUUGCUUCUGUGGGUGCCAGCUUGAGACACAUUCCCCGCUACUAGGCCAAACGGAAAACCGUCCUUGGAAAAGAUCCGGAUCACGCUCCGCUUUCUUCCUUACUCAAGCAGCGGUCUCCAGCAGGGGAGAGAUCCCACCUGUCCAAGGCACACGACCCACCAACGGAUCUCGUGAAAUCCCCUGUGUGCACCCAUUUCUUCGCGAACUCUGGCAUCGGACCGAUCCCUGGCUGGAAAAGAGAGGUCAGCGAGGGAAACAGCAGUGUGAUGAGGGUGUGCGAGAGACCCCCUGCGAAGGUUGUGGAUCGGGAAGGCCGACGCACUUCUGUGGAGUUCAGAGGAGCGACAUCCCGGACCCCCGGCCUCGGAACCACAGGCAAAGCAAGCUUGCGUCCUGUGCUGUGUGUUGGGCGAGAUUCCUGGAGCCACUGGGUGUCCGAAGUCUGUCUUGCCUCGCUCUGCACCACCCGCAGUGUUUCCCCAGGUCCUCUUUGGGCUUGUGUGGGCCUCGCAUGCUGUGGAAGCCACACGUGGGGCACAGGGCUGGGAGACACGCGACGCGCGAACACGACGCCUCUUUCUGGGUAUUCACUUGAACUGCGGCCUGGGGGCCGGGACGUGGGGUGCGGGUCGGUGUGGCGAGGAUGCCUGUGGACGGCACGCAGGCGUCUCCUCCCUUUGCGAGCAGCGAGGGCUUUGGAGUUCGCUCUCCUCGACUGAUGUGCCUUGACUUGCUGGGCCUAAACCAGCCGUCCCAGACCCUGGUGCCUUCCAGGUAUGGACCGCCACUCCCAUCAUCCCCAGCCAGAGGGCCAUGCUGGCUGAGGAGCAUGAGGCCUGCAGUCCAGCACACCUGGCUUCAAUCCAAGCCAUUUUCUGUUCCAACUUGAGCUGCCCCCCUCCCCUGUCGUUCUUGUUAUCCUUGAGUUUCAGUUGAAUGUUCUGUGUGUUGAGAUAACCCGAGUUCCACCCUUUGCCUGCCAACUCUCUGCACGCUCCCUUGAGUCCUCUCUUCGGCCCACCGGUGGGGCUGCCAGAUAAGAAUAGCUGUAUUUUGGCAGUUUGGGCUUCCUGGGUGGGUCGCAUGGUGCAGUCCAUCAACACUGUAACUCGAGCACAGGGUUUGAGCUGUCCUCCUUUGCCAACCUUGAGCUGAAAGCCCGUUUUCCUUUAUCCCCACCCCAGCUGCUUGUCUCCGGUGUAGGUCAGCAGCCAGGUUACGGAUCUGCAGCUUGCAGCCGAUACCCUGUGCCAGACCUACCUGUUGAGGUUGCAGAGCAGCAGAAAGGAGCUGAGUGGUCCUGUUGGAACGCCACCCCCUUACCCGUUGGGUUCGGGGGCCGAACGUGAGUCAACACUAGAAGACUUGGUGGGCUGGAUCCAACUACCUGUUGUACUUCCAGGCAUAAAUGAGUUGAUCUGGGUGUGAUUUUGCUUCUUGAGAAAGACCAGCCUUCUAAGUUGCCUUCACAGAUGGGUUUAUUUUGCACAUUUUUUUUCCAACGGGGUAGGAAAAUACAUCUUUUUCACCAGCUUUGUGUAGGGUGUGUUUAAUUUUUAAAAAAAAUCUGUAUAGGUACAAUUGAGCUUAUUUGUUGGAAGAUGUUAAUAUAUUUUUCUUUGCUUUUUGUAUGUAAAAGGACUGUGUUUGGGUGUUCGUUUUUAAACAAUGCUGCUGUAGGGAAUUAUUUUUUUUAAUGAAGAAAAUCGCCUAGGUUUUUUGUUUUGUUUUGUUUUUUUAAGAAAGCACGCAACUGGUGCCAAGAUCAAUUCUGGGAGGAAAACUUGACCUGCCUUUUUUAAAAAACCUGUUACAAGUGGGACACUUUAAAAUUGCACAAAGAAUUUUAAUGUGUACAGAGCCGAACGUGUUUUUUAAUUACCUUCAACCUGACUCGCAUCUUUUCCACAUCACUGGGAAACUGCCACCUGUUGUAUUGUCUCUCCACAGCCGUCUUUUCCUUCUUCCCACCUCUUCCUUAAACCUCUUGGUGUACCUGGCUUGUACUGUUUUUAAACCUCUCACUAGUUCCCCCCCCUCCCCAUUGAUGGUAGAUAAUCAGUAAUCAAAUUUAAAAAAUAAAAGUUUAUUAAUUAUCAAGA